UUUCGGAAAAAAAUUCGAAAAAUGGUAACAAAAUCAUUUGAACAAAUACGACGUGACACUUGCCAAUAAAGUAAGGCAUGGGGAAAAAAAUUAUCUAGUGGGCAGCGGGGUUUCUUCUUUUUUUCUCAAUUCCUAGGGCUAUUUAUUGUUUUGUUCUUUUUGAAAGCCUAUCUCAGAUUCACAGUGAAAUUAUCUGCGGUUGUUGCAAAGGCAGCUAAAGAGGAUUUUGUCGGCCUCCCUCCAGUGGGUUUUCUGAUUUAGGGUGGUUAGAUGGCGGACGUGGAGCUGGAGAAGAAGGUGGAGGAGAAGGAGGAAGAGACGAUAAAGGGUGGGGAGCUUUUGUUUUGUGGGACCACGGCCUGGGAUGCCGUUGGUCGCCGCAAAGUACCUGCCGAGUGGAAUCUGGUUUCGCCAACAAGGCUUCGUCCUCUCAUGGGCAUUGACAUUCGUUUCGUGGCUUCUGGUUGUGUGUCUUGCCAUUGCGUGGCUUUGGAUGUUGAAGGGCGUUGCUACACGUGGGGUCGUAACGAGAAGGGACAGCUUGGUCAUGGAGAUACAAUUCAGCGUGAUAGACCGACAGUUGUUUCAGAAUUGAUCAAUCAUAAAGUCAUUAGAGCAGGAGCUGGAAGGUGUCAUACUGUGGUAGUAACUGAAGAUGGGCUGUCUCUUGCUUUUGGCUGGAAUAAACAUGGGCAACUCGGAUCAGGUUCUGUUAAAAAUGAAGUUGAACCAUCUCCUGUUCGUGGUCUCGUGUCUGAAGUCAAAACUAUUGCUUGUGGGGGUGAUUUUACAGUGUGGCUAACUUCCACGGAAGGAGCUUCUAUAUUAACUGCUGGUCUUCCACAGUAUGGUCAGCUUGGCCAUGGUACUGACAAUGAGUACAAUACUAAAGAUAGCUCUGUGAGGCUUGCUUAUGAAGCUCAACCUCGUCCUAAAGCAAUAGCUUCUCUUUCUGGAGAGACCAUAGUCAAAGUUGCUUGUGGAACAAAUCAUACAGUGGCAGUGGAUAAGAAUGGCUUCGUCUACACUUGGGGCUUCGGAGGCUAUGGAAGGCUUGGACAUCGAGAACAGAAGGACGAAUGGGCUCCUCGCCGUGUCGACGUUUUCACAAGAAAUAAUAUUCUGUCUCCUGAGGCAGUAGUUUCCGCAGGUUCUGCUAAUUCUGCAUGUACAGCUGGAGGAGGACAGCUUUACAUGUGGGGAAAGAUGAAGAACAAUGGGGAUGAUUGGAUGUAUCCCAAGCCUGUCAUGGAUUUAAGCGGCUGGCAUCUGCGCUGUAUGGAUUCGGGCAGUAUGCACCACUUUGUUGGCGCUGAUUUCUCGUGCAUAAGCUGGGGUCAUGCUCAAUCUGGAGAACUAGGAUAUGGACCCAGUGGGCAAAAAUCUUCUGCAGCUCCUAAAAAAGUAGAUAUCUUAGAGGGAAUGCAUGUUAUCAGUGUUGCUUGUGGAUUUGCCCAUUCCAUGGCGAUUGUUGAUAGAACCAAUAUUGCCGAUCGACUUGAGCCGCUUGAAAUAUUUGAUGGCAAAGAUGCUGGCAAAGUGAAUGAAGAGCCCGAGAGUGGAACUUCUGUUCCUAAAAAAUUUAACAAAAAGGGUUCUGUUAAAAAAUUGGAAAACGCGAAAAAGAGGAAGAAAGUGGAAGAUUCAUCAGAGUCUGAAGACGACGAAGAUAGUGAAUAUGACAGUGAUGACAGUGAAGUACAACUGAAUGGCAAUGCAGAACACGGAAAGAAACGGGGUGGAAAGGCUUCAGGCAGAGGACGUGGCAAAAAUGCUGGUAAAUCAGCCACGGAAAAUAAAGGCACUGGUCGGGGAAGGGGCCGCCCCCCAUCAGCAGCUAAAAGCUCACAGUCUUCAGGGGAAAAAGGAUCGGGUAAGAGAGGAAGGCCUAAGAAGACAUGAGCUUUGGUUUUUCCUGGUCGACACGGGAAUUUGGUCGUCCACCGAAGAAAGUAUACUAUGACUAUUUCACAAUUUUUCUGUUAUGUUCUAUGGGAUGCACUCUAAUCUUUCAAGAAAAAUGUCAUCCUUCAUUUAUUACAUUGAUUACGUGUAUCUUGGAAUGCUUGACUAUGUUGUUUUACCCAAAGAAAUGGGGUACCGUUUCUUCUGUGGGUUAAUCUGUGGUUUAUUAAUCACUUCUCCGUUUUGUGCCAAGUAGUUGAUUGUAUGCCAAUGAUCAAGAAAGAAAUUGAUAUUCACUGUAUAAAAUUUCAUGCCAUGAUUGUGUUUCUA